AUGUUUGCUUGGAAAUGAGGUCAUGUGACCAAUUCCGAGAAAGCUGGCCAUCUAGCCUAUAAAUAUAGGGCACGUGGUGUACACUACUUUAGUUUUCAUCUAAACGGUGAAGGAUAAGCACGUAAAUGAAAGGAGAAUUUGAAAUAAUCGAGCGCUAUUUAAGCCUCUGUGACACUAUGAUGGAAAACGAUCCUGAUACCGUGGCAUGGGACAUAGAUCAAACAGUUCCACAGUAUACCAGCCCGAAUCAUAUGAUGAACAGUGGAAUGGAUUUCAACGCUUUAUUGAAAUCUGACGAAAGUUUAAAUUUGUUUCCUUCAUCUAAUGAAGAAAUGAAAUCAUCACCUACUUAUAUCACUGAUGUCUCUGAACAACAAAUCAACAUAGAGGAUGGUAGUAAGCAUUUUUUAGAUUUAGAUCAGGUUCUCCAUGAUAAUUCUGUGUCAAAUCUCAAUAUGAAACCUGCGACCGACGACUUAAGACCCAGCCAGUCCAGACGGGAACAUGAUUUCUGGGAAGAAGAAUGUUUACAACAGUGUAUGGAUAUAGAAACGAUGCUGAUCUCACAAGUUAAAAACGACAUAUGCAACGAAGCUAGGAGUCUUGGCAUCAGUCUUGAUCCAACACAAUGGAAUGUUAAAAAUGUCAUACGGUGGAUUGACUGGCACUGUGUUAAGAAUAAUCUUCAACCUAAACCCAACCCGUUAUAUUUUGAAAUGAACGGAGUUAGUUUAUGUAUGCUGUCUGAACAAGAUUUUAAUUGGAAAUAUCCAGAAGGGGGUUCCGUCCUAUUUUCCCAGUUGGAAAUCUGGAGAAAUGCAUGUAAAUUAGUUGUACCUAAUAUUCCUAAACCGGCACAGUUAGAAGAGUCUAAUGGUAUCGAGUAUUAUAAUUCACCCUGUGGUUCCCCUGCACCAAGCGUAGAAAGUCAUGAUAGUAAUUUAAGUUCUAGUCCCACGAAUUCUUCAGAUGAAUCAUAUUCAUGUAAAGGUCCACCGAAAACUACAUGUGCCAGACCCAUCAUGCAUGAACAUAAACAAACCAUUCACUUGUGGCAAUUUUUAAAAGAACUUUUAAAACAAACUGAUAAAUUCGGUAGCUGUAUUAAGUGGAUAGAUAGAUCUAAGGGUAUAUUUAAAAUAGAGGAUUCAUCACGUGUAGCUAGAGAAUGGGGAAAAAGAAAAAAUCGUCCAGCAAUGAACUAUGAUAAACUCAGUCGUUCUAUCCGACAAUAUUAUCGUAAAGGCAUAAUAAAGAAGACAGAGCACGCGAAGAGAUUAGUGUAUCAGUUCUGUACGCCCUAUUUAUAGAAUAUAUUAUUUCCGUACCUUGGUUUUUAAUAUUUGUAAACCCAAUCGAAUAAUUGGGGUGUAUUUUCACCGUCUUCUCUUCACGUCGAAGUAGCUGAUACAGCGGUUUUGUGGAGGCGAUAAUCCAGAUCUCGAGUGAAACUAAAUAUGUUGUAUGGUAAAGAAGACUAUGGAGAUAGCGGAGGUUGGAUGUCGAAAUUUUUGGUCUCGAUUGACCAGUAUGAAACUAGUUUGUUGGAUUUGUUAGCGGCGUAAAAAUUACGUCAUAUUGUUUGUCAAAUUUUGACGAUAGGCGUUGACCAAAAUGAAGCGUUUUGUUGAUAACAUAAGGCAGCAAUAACUUGUUAUUUUUUAUUUUGUAUAUAUGUCACUCAUUUUGCAUUUACAUUAUCUACAUCUCAAGAAACAGUAACAUCGUUACAUUAGAGAUUUUAAAGAAGCCCAAUAGGAGCAGAAAAGCUGGAUGUUAAGUCCCAUUUCAUUUCAUUUUGUUAAAGAAAAUGUUUUAGCAAAUAGUUUAUCGAUUACGUUAGAGAUUUUAAAUAAGCAUAGUAGGGGCAGAACAGUAGGACGUAAAACCCCAUUUCAUUUCAUUCUAUUUAAAGAACAUGUUUUAGCAAAUAAUUUAUCAAUUUGGAAUUAACAAAACAUAUCUUUAGUCACAUAAUCAACUAUUUAUCAUUGUAUAUGCAUUUUAUUCUUUCUUAUAAAGAAAUCAAUUUAUUUAUGUCUCUUACCGCAUGAUGCUUUUUUUAACAGUUUGUAUUAUUUCUCCUAAAAGGAGAAUUUGUGAUAUUUGUAAAUAAUAUAUUUUUUUAUUAAAAAAAUACAUAAUAACGA